AUGGAAGACCGACUGAGCCGAGCUUUGCAGCGCAGUGUGUCUGCAGCCUUGGCUGGGGCAGCCAAGAGGCAUGGAGCAGAGGUGGGCCUUUGUAGCGCCAGGACCGGCGAAGGCGUGGAUGAGCUGUUCUGCUCCGUGCUGGCCGCCUGCUUGGAGGGCAAUGGCCUCCCGGCGGCGGAGCCAGUGCUAAACCGGGUCGCCGGCACGCUCACCAGCGCCCAGUUGAUGGAACACUUACUGCGCCGCCACGUGGAUCGACGCCGAAGCCGCCCGCUGGAACUCGCGUGA